AUGUUCAGUGAUGUGUUGGAGUUUACCUUUUGUAUUAUUUGCACGUGGAUGUUUAUAUCGCUAUACUUGAGGAGGCCCUGUUCGAAUUUGGACGUCUCGACAAGGGGAGAAAUUUUGCACUUGGAAAAGAAAAAAAUUAUUCUCGUGAUAAUCAAAAUUUUGUUUAAGAAUUACAGUGAAUAUGUGCGAGACUUACAUUUUAAUGAAUACGGUUUUGAAAAAUUAAGAGUGAAUUUUUUUUUCUUCUUUCACUGUCUAAAGAUUUUUGUUCCUAUGGAUGAUGAGCAUGUGCUGUUUGUAAUUCUGAAUGAAGUAUUAAUCAGUGCAUAUGAGCGCUCGAUGAAUUUCACCCUCUCCAAUGCAGGGGUUAACGCCCUAUAUCAGGCCUACUUACUAAGCGAGAUUGACUGUGAUAUCGAGGCUAAUAGGAAGUUUAUAAUGAACAGCUUGAGGAGGGUAUAG